GCUAACCCAUGGUUUAGUGCCCGUACACAGUAGCUGACGCGUGUCCCGAGGAACGCGGUUUCAUCCUCCCCACCCCCACCGCCCUAUUUAUGCCUCCCCUGCAUCCCCCUGUCUAACUCCCAUUUUCUUCUCAUGUUCCUCGAUCAACUUUUCAUUUUCCUCUCUCCCACAAACAGACUCUGAUCCACCAUUCUCUCUCUCACAUACUCUGAAUUUUAGCUACCAUUUAUGCAGAACCCACUUGAUUUUUCUGUGCGUUGUUUCAAUUUUCCUUUAUUCGUUUCAGUUUUGAUUACUCCUUACAAUAUAAUUUGGGUUCUUAAAAAUGUUGAGAACUAUUAAAACCCUUGGUUGAGCUAAUCUUUUGCCUCUGCAAAAAGUGAUUAAGAUAUUUUUGUCUGAGAAAAUGGCUUCAUCGGAGAAUUUGGCGACUAUGGAAACAUGGGCUUUUCGACCAACAUUCACUGACUCUUGGAUUUCUGAAGCUUUUGCCCGAGACACCGAGACUCUAACCAAAGCCCUCCAGAAGUCACUCUCCAACCACUCGGACAUCGUCACUAACGACAUGAUCUCUCCCUUGUUUAACAUGGCCAAGCACGAAACGACGUCGGUUCAGACCCCUAGCGUUUCAGGGUCUGACCACGAAACUGGGCCGAAACGCCGGACCGGGGUGACUGGCGGGAAGAUAACGAAGAGGAAGUCACGCGCUUCGAAGCGUACUACGACGACGUUUAUAACCGCCGAUCCAGCUAAUUUCCGGCAGAUGGUGCAGCAGGUGACCGGAGUGAGGUUCGGCAACGGACAGCUGCCGGUCGCUCCCGUUUUGAAACCGGAGCCCCAGCGACCGGUUAACCGGCUGCAGUAUUGUUUGCCAACUCUGGACACGUCAGCUUUUUUGCUCGACCAUCAUCAGCAAGUUGUGGGUCCAAGUUCCGCUUCCAUGGUUCAGCCGGCGAUUACUGUUGCUCAGCCGGCUGUGGUGACUGACGGUGGUGGUGGGGGGGUUUUGAUUUUGACUCUUUUUCUAGCUUUCCCACUCUGGAGUCUUGGAAAGUUAUGUAAUAAUCUUUUUCUUUUCCCCCUAUUUCGCUAUCCUUGAAAUUAGUUUAUCUCUCUGUUUGUUAGCAGUGGAGGGGUGAUAUGGGAAAGAUCUGUUCAUAUUAGGGGAAUGGCGUGUUUGGUUAUAACUACUCUUUUUUUCCGGCAGUCUUUUGUUCUGUUCUUUAGUUGGGGAGGUGUAUUGUUGAUGUGGUAAUGAUAUGAAUGGGUAUAGUCUUUGAAUUUCAUAUAAUUAUGGUCCUACCUUUAUACCAAGUUUUGCAUUUCAUGAUUAUUCCAAAUGU